GUGCCCUUAACUGCUAGCAAAAUGGUGAGCUGGAUAUUCGUGACGAUCGCAUGCUGCUUGGUCAGUGGCCUACAGGCGCAAACGAACUACUGCACCACAAGUUAUUGUCGUCCAGGAGUACCCAACGUCGGUUGUAAUCCCCCUCCAGCAUCCGGUGGUGCUAGUUGCGCUAACAAGAGUCCUGCCGUAGUGGUAAUGGACUCCAAUCUGCAGACUUUGAUUCUUUCCGAGCACAACACACGUCGAUCACAGCUAGCCUUGGGUCAGUUGGCGCCAUUCCUGCCAGCGACUCGCAUGCCUACGAUUACCUGGGAUACGGAACUGGCUAAGCAAGCUGGCAACAAUGCUCGUAGCUGCGUCUAUGGACACGAUAAAUGCCGCAACACAGCUGUGUACGCGUGGGCCGGACAGAACAUUGCCUUAUCCAAGUUUUACGGCAUGACCAGAACCACUUCCCAGCUGAUUAUGGAAGCCAUCAAUGGCUGGUGGAAAGAAUACAGUGAUACUAAGCAAUCUCAGCUUAAUAGCUAUCCAUCGGGAUACACGGGACCUGCGAUUGGACAUUUCACCCAGAUGGCAAGUGAUCAAACCGCUAAGAUUGGAUGCGCUAUGCAGUACUGGUUGGAUGGGAAGUUUAACACGUACUAUUUUGUCUGUGACUAUGCUGUAACGAACGUGGUUGGUACUGCAGUAUACAAGGCAGGAAAAGCUACUUCUGGUUGUACUACGGGACGCAACCCGAUGGCAUCACUAAGCGGAUUGUGCUCACCGGCUGAAAAAAUCGUCCCUAUUUACAACUAAUCAAAUGCACUGCAAUAAAGCACGAAUGUGACGUAUGUCCAAAAGUAUUGAGUAACGAUAACUGGAUAAUAUUACUUACUGUUACUACUGCUGUGAAAAGACAGAAUAUACUGUGACAAAU